GGACGGGGACUCCUCCUCCGAGAUCAUGCAGCUGGAUUUUGAGAUGGAGAACUUCACCAGCCAGUCGGUGACGCGCCGCAUCAUGUGGCACAUUGACUACCGGGGCCGCAACCCCCCGCCCGACCUGGAGAAGGUGGUGACAGAGCUGACGGUCAUCCAGAGGGACAUCCGGGCCAUCGUGCCCCUGGCCAUGGACACGGAAAUCAUCAACACGGCCAUCCUGACGGGGCGGACGGUGGCCAUUCCCGUGAAGGUCAUCGCCAUUGAGCUGAGCGGCGUCAUUGUGGAUGUCUCAGCUAUGGUCGAGUGCAAGUCCAAUAACGAAGACAUCAUCAAGGUCUCCAGCAGCUGUGACUAUGUCUUCGUCAGCGGGAAGGAGUCGCAGGGCUCCAUGAGCGCCCGGGUCACCUUCACCUAUGAGCACCUCUCUGCCCCGCUGGAGAUGACGGUGUGGGUGCCCAAACUGCCACUGCACAUCGAGCUCUCAGAUGCCCGGCUGAGCCAAGUGAAAGGUUGGAGGGUGCCCAUCCUGCCAGACAGGAGGUUGGUGCGGGACAGCGAGCAUGAGGAAGACGAAGAGGAGCGGAAGCAGAGCCGGGGCUGUGCCCUGCAGUACCAGCACGCCACAUUGCAGGUCUUCACCCAGUUCCACACCACGGCAGCGGAAGGCACGGGGCAGGUGGUCACCAUGCUGGGACCCGACUGGCUGGUGGAAGUCACCGACCUGGUCAGCGACUUCAUGCACGUGGACGACCCACGGGUGGCCCAUAUGGUGGACAGCUUCACGCUGGCUGGGAGGGAGCCGGGCACCACACUCUUCAAGGUUGUGUCCCCACUCAUGGAGGCAGUGCUGGGGGAGACACUGGUGACGGUGGCAGAGGAGAAGGUCAGCAUCACGGACCUGAAGGCCCAGGUGGUCUCCAGCCUCUCACUGUCCCUCCACCCCAGCCCUGGCAAUAGCCACACCAUCAUUGCCCGGACGUCCGUGCAGCAGACCCUCAGCUUCUUCAAGCAGGAAGCGCUCCUGAGCCUGUGGAUUUCCUACAGCGAUGGCACCACGGCCCCCCUCUCCCUCUAUGACCCCAAGGACUACAACCUGGUGGUGAGCAGCCUGGAUGAGAAGGUGGUCUCGGUGACCCAGGACCGAGCGUUUCCCUUGGUGGUGGCAGAGAGCGAAGGCGCGGGGGAGCUGCUGCGGGCCGAGCUGGUGAUCUGCGAGACCUGCCAGAAGACCAAACGCAAGAGCGUGCUCUUCACAGCCUUGGCCAGUGUGCGGGUCCACUUUGGAUCUGAGGAGGACCCAACCUAUGACUAUGAUCAUGUUCCCAGCAAGCCGGGGCUGGCAGAGACGGGGGCGAGCACCACCCUGCGGGCAGAGGUGGAGAGGAAAGCGGAGCCGAGCGAGGACAGUAGGAUGUCCAGCGCAUCUCACCCCACCGAGGACUUCCCCACCAUCCCCACCGGCUUCGUCCAGGUGACCAGGGGGCUGACGGACCUAGAGAUAGGCAUGUACGCCCUUCUGGGUGUCUUCUGUCUGGCCAUCUUGGUCUUCCUCAUCAACUGCAUUGUCUUUGUGCUGAAAUACCGGCACAAACGCAUCCCACCUGAAGGCCAGACCAACAUGGACCAUUCCCACCACUGGGUCUUCUUGGGCAAUGGGCAGCCCUUGCGGGCUCACAAUGACCUCUCCCCGCAGCCCGAGAGCCCCGGGAACCCCCUGGAAAAUGUCCAGACCUGCUGCCAUGGGGACCACCACAGCAGCGGGAGCUCGCAGACGAGCGUGCAGAGCCAGGUCCAUGGCCGUGGGGAUGGUUCCUCAGGGGGCUCCACACGGGACCAGAGCGAGGACCCGCUCAACUCACCCACCUCCAAACGGAAGCGGGUGAAGUUCACUACCUUUGCAACGCUGCCCUCUGAUGAGCUGGCCUACAACUCCAUCCCCAUCGCUGAUGAGGAGGACUUGGAGUGGGUCUGCCAGGACAUGGGGCUGCAAGACCCCGAAGAGCUUCACAACUACAUCCGCAGAAUCAAAGAGAUCGCUUAA